CGGUAAAGUCCCUAUGACGUCYUCUCGGAUCAUCGCGGAAGUAAAACAGGCGACGAAACAGAAACCCAAAUAAGUUGGUGCCUGCGGUUGAUUGCUACGCAGUGAUCGUCUGUCAGUCYUCGCCAUCAUGCUAGGAGGAGGAUUCAAAGCAGAGAGGCUCAGAGUCAACCUCAGGCUGGUCAUAAACCGACUCAAACUCCUUGAGAAAAAGAAAAGUGAGCUCGCUCAAAAGGCAAGGAAGGAGAUUGCAGAUUAUCUGUCAUCUGGUAAGGAUGAGCGGGCCCGGAUCCGUGUUGAGCACAUCAUCAGAGAGGACUACCUGGUUGAAGCCAUGGAGAUCCUUGAGCUUUACUGUGACCUGCUGUUGACUCGCUUCGGCCUUAUCCAGUCCAUGAAGGAACUCGAUCCAGGUUUGCAGGAGGCUGUGUCCACACUCAUCUGGGCGGCGCCUCGUCUCCAGUCGGAGGUUUCUGAACUGAAAAUUGUGUCAGAACAGCUGUGUGCAAAAUAUAGCAAGGAGUACGGAAAGCUAUGCAGGAACAACCAGAUUGGCACAGUCAACGACAGGCUGAUGCACAAACUAAGUGUUGAGGCUCCUCCCAAGAUUCUAGUGGAGCGCUACCUGAUAGAGAUCGCCAAGAACUACAACGUGCCCUAUGAACCUGARGCUGUGGUCCACCCUGAGGUGUGUCCUGGAGAGGAGGCGGACCUGAUUGAUGUGAAUGCCGACAGGAAGAACGGAGGAGGAGGAGGCGGCGGAGGUUUCAGUGCUCCUCCUGCUUCUGCUAUGCCCAUGCCCAUGCCCAUGCCUAUGCCCAUGCCAUCAGCGUUCAACUAUCCACCUCCCAAAGGAGCUGAGCCCUUUCACACUCCAGUUGGAAUCUACAACAGCUUCCCACAUCCCAUGGGAGGAGGGCAGCCUCCUGAGCUGCCCACUUCUCCUCCCACAUACGAGUCUAUUGAUGAUUUUACUCAGAAACCUUCUGUUCCUUCCCAGACUGUCGGUCCUACUCCUAAGCCCCGCGCGUCCUACGACAACAACGCUCUACCAGAACUUCCCUCRGUCCCCGACACGCUCCCCACGUCCUCCAUCGGCGGAAACGCCUCCACCUCCGACGACAUCGACUUCGACGAUUUGACGCGGCGGUURGAGGAGCUGAAAAAGAAAACCUAAACUUUCUACCACCGUUCUACCACACAUUACAGGCCUGUGUCCAUCAUAUACACAGCUCAGAACAGAGAGUGGGAAAGGUUUAAUGCUUAACAUUUUGGUUGUUUUUCUCCCCAUUCUUCUACAGUAAAGUCAAUUCAUAUAGAUUUUAAACAUGCUGAAUUUUUACCUCAGUUAUACAAAUAUGAUUAACUCACUGAGUGCAUCUGGGCUCUCAUUGGAAAAAGUUGGUUCUGUAAGAGCCACAUCUURUUGUUUUGUAUUGUUUUUGCUCUUACAUCUGAUCACGUGAGUCCAUUUCCCUGCUUUUCAUUUAAAGUCACACUGUUUUAAUUCUACGCARAAGUCUUUGUGAUAAACUAUAUAUCCAAAUUUUAACCUUUUGUUUUUCUUGGGGUUUAGUGGUUAGASUAAUAUUUAUGGRACAUGCCUUGAUUGUGAUGCCGCUGAGAUCGUUGCCACUGUGUCAAACCGGUCCAACAAGCCWGACGGGUUUCGCCCCGCCGCGGAGGGAAACCAGACGUUCAAACUUCAGACAGAAGUCUGUUCUUGUCAGUAGGGUGGAUUUUUUUGUUUCCUGUGGAAAGGACGAAAAAAAUAAAAUAAAAAUAAAUAAUAAGCGCGAGGGUUUUGUUUGUGUUCAGACGAGCUGGAACCUAACCACACCCAGCUCUGCUUGAAUGGCAAAUGAGCGAUGGGCCUCGAGUUAAAUGAUUCAGCACUUUCCUGAGGCCCGAGGAUCGGCUUCCCGGAGGCCUGGAUCGUAAAGACGCGGUUUAAUAAUUCAUACAUGUUUUGAAGAARGUGAGAUUAUUGACACUACAGAGCUGCGACCUGCUUGCUAUCUUUCUAUGUCUGACUGUUCUGUCAUUCUGUACCUUUAGACACAAAUUUGUGUCUUUGUUUAAAAGAAUAUUAGUUUUUUUAUGGUGUAUGCUAAAAUAACAAAUAAAAGACUGGAAACUA